AUGCGUGUUGAAGGAAAGCGAAUUGAGUUACCUGUCCCAGUGUCUAAUGAGGUCGGCAUUUCUAAUAUUCCCAGCCAAGUACUUAAAAAGGUCCUUCAGAGAGGAAUUAACUUCAAUCUCCUGGUGGUUGCGGAAAAAGGCGCGGGAGCCAAAACUCUCGUUAACUCGGUCUACGGACUGAAUAGUUUUCCUCCUAAGAAGCAAAAGAUCUCCGAAUAUCUCAGUGAGCAUUGCGUCACUUUGAAAUCAGCUAAUGUUUCCUUUAAGCUCACCAUUUAUCUCUACCGCGGGAAGGAUCCCAAAGAAAUAGAAGAUUUCUUAACGGCUAAGAACACUUUCUACUACAAGAACAACAUUGGCAUCAAUCGGGAAAGGUCCGAAGACCCGCGCAUUCAUGCCUCUCUUCUUCUAAUUUCACCACUUUCAUUCCGGCCUGAAGACACUGCCCUAUUCAAAGCCUUAGCUGAACUUUCAAGUACAUUGCCAGUCAUUACCAAACGUGAUGUGUUUACCCACUCAGAACUCGAGGCGUACAAGAAGAGAAUCACCCAGCACAUUGAUCCGCGCCGGUCACUGCUAUUCAAAAUGCCAUUUGACAACAUUUCGUUUCCGCUAUCAACUGUAGCAAGUAAUACUAUGAUCAACACCGAUAGUGGGACUGUGCGGGGACGUGAGUACCAGUGGGGCAUCAUCAAUGCACAAGACCCUGCAAUCUCGGACCUUCCAGCCCUAACACACAUUUUAAUGACCGGAUCAUUCAUUGACCUCCGAAGAAGCACCGCAUUGCACUAUAUGCGCUGGAAAGAAACUUCGCCGGACGAAAAUCCAUCUAAGGCCACUCUUGAUGCCCAAGGCAAGGCACUUCUCAAAGAAAUAGAACAAACUAUCACCCAGCGCCUCGGCGAACGCUUUGCCAGUCUAGAGCAAGAAGAAAAGACCAUUGACCAGGCCGUCCAUACCUUAAAUACAACCAUCUCUGAUCAAAUACCCGCUCCAAUAGAAUAA